AUGACGAUCAGUUUUUUAACUCUUGGUUUGCUAGCAAAACUUGGAGUUCUGCUGACACCUCGCUGCCAACGGCAUUCUUUGAAUACUGGUUUCACACUUCGUGCUAUAAGAGAACCAGAAUUUAAAUAUGUUGGGAAUAUGCAUGGGAAUGAAGCUGUUGGAAGGGAGUUGCUUAUCUUCUUGGCUCAGUACUUGUGUAAUGAAUACCAGAAAGGAAAUGAAACUAUUAUCAACUUGAUCCAUAGCACUCGUAUCCAUAUCAUGCCGUCUUUGAACCCGGAUGGCUUUGAGAAGGCAGCAUCCCAGCCAGGUGAACUUAAAGACUGGUUUGUUGGCCGAAGUAAUGCCCAAGGGAUAGAUCUAAACCGAAAUUUCCCUGAUCUUGAUAGAAUAGUCUAUAUUAAUGAGAAAGAGGGUGGCCCAAACAACCAUCUGCUGAAAAACAUGAAAAAAGCUGUGGACCAAAAUCCUAAGCUUGCUCCUGAAACAAAAGGUGUCAUUCACUGGAUUAUGGAUAUUCCCUUUGUCCUCUCUGCCAAUCUUCAUGGAGGAGACCUCGUUGCAAACUAUCCUUAUGAUGAGACUCGGAGUGGCAGUGCUCAUGAAUACAGCUCCUGCCCCGAUGAUGCUAUUUUUCAAAGCCUGGCUCGCAGUUAUUCUUCUUUUAAUCCCACUAUGUCUGAUCCAAACAGACCCCCAUGUCGUAAAAAUGACGAUGACAGCAGCUUUGUGGAUGGAACAACUAAUGGCGGUGCAUGGUACAGCGUCCCGGGAGGUGUGCAGGAUUUCAAUUACCUCAGCAGCAACUGCUUUGAAAUCACAGUGGAGCUUAGCUGUGAAAAAUUCCCACCUGAAGAAACUCUGAAGGGCUACUGGGAGGACAACAAGAACUCCCUUAUCAAUUACAUUGAGCAGAUUCAUCGAGGAGUGAAAGGGUUUAUUAAAGAUCUUCAGGGCAAUCCAAUAGCAAAUGCUACAAUUUCUGUGGAGGGGAUAAGCCAUGACAUCACAUCAGCCAAGGAUGGUGAUUACUGGAGAUUGCUUAUGCCUGGAAAUUACAAACUUACAGCCUCAGCACCAGGCUAUCUAGCAAUAACUAAAAAAGUGGCUGUGCCCUAUAGCCCUGCGGUUGUGGUUGAUUUUGAACUGGAGUCAUUGUCUGAAAGAAAAGAGGAGGAGAAAGAAGAGUUGAUGGAAUGGUGGAAGAUGAUGUCAGAAACACUAAAUUUUUAAAUGAAGAUUCGGCUUUGCAGCUUUUAAUCUAUUGUAUGUUGAUUUAGUAUAACGUACUGUGGAAAGUCCCUAUAUUCUAGAUUUUGUGCACUUCACAAUAAUUAACUUUGAAUUUUUCAGUCAUCUUUUGAUUAAUAUUACAAAUAAAUACUAUCCUCCUAGCUAGAUAAAUAAGUUAUUAAUUUUCUUUCAUAUUGUUAUAGAAAAUUUACUCUUAUAUACAAAUCAGAAAAAAAUGAGUGAAUGUCUUUGCAGCCUAUAUGGAAGUACAAUCUGUUGUGUAUUAUUUGCAAGUUCAGAAUAUGUAGGUUAACUCUUGAUUUAAAAAAAAAUAUGCUGUAGUCAAUUCCCAAUACUGCCAGAAAUAUUUGACAGUGCAUAGUAGUAGACAGUGCUCUUUACUGAGUUCUACAAUGGAUGUUAUUGAAAAGACUUAUAAUAACAGUGUGUGGUGUAAUAAUGUUUUACAAGGAUUAAAAUUCAGUAUAACAUUUUGUAUGUCUCUGGUGUUGGGACUGUUUAAGUAUGUAAGAAACAUAAAGUGACUUCAUUUUAGUAAGCAGAACAAAUCUGCGUAAGCUCUUUUAUUAAAGAUGGCAUGGAAUGAAUUCAGGACAUAGCAGAGCUUUAUUCCUUAAACUGUUAAUAAUAUUUCAAGAUGAGGUUUUAAUUAUUUCUUGUUACUUAUUAAUCAAAUUAAAUAUUCUGAAUGGGGGAAGAAGAAGAGCUUGUGCAUCUUGAUAAUAUGCUGCUUGUGUUUGUUUUACAACAAGAAAAAAAAAUUCAUUUCAGGUGAUGUCUAUUUUAAUUAGAUAAUUACCUUUUCAACAA